UGGAACCUUCAGAGAGAGAAAGGGAAAAGCAGCAGAAACAGCAACCAAAGCAAAAACAAAUUUUAAAGGCAGCUUAACAAAACCCAGAUCUUAAUUUUCCUUUCUUUUACACACCCAUAUAUAUAUAUAUAUAUAUAUGUUUUUGCUGAAAUUAGGUUUCACCUCGGCAAAAACAGAGAGAAAAACCUUGUAAAGCUUAAAACUUUCGUCGUUUUCUCCAGAAAAUUUGAUUAUUAUUGUCUUUAGAGACCGUUCAUUAGCUUCUGAGAUUGGGAUCCAGUUUUGGGAAUCUGGGUUUGGGUUAAAACGUGUGCCCUGGCAUGCGUCUCUGCGAGUUAGCUGUGGAUUCGUUUUCAGCAACUGAAGAUUAGAGCCAACGCUCUCCCUCUUGCAUUAAACUGAAAUGUCAGAAGGGCUAGAAGUUCUUGGGACCAAUGAUGAAAUUAGAGAGAGAAGAUCGGAUUUUGAGAAUUCAGAAGAUGAGAGACGACGAUCGAAAAUUGGCAAUCUCAAGAAGAAGGCGAUAAAUGCUUCAAACAAGUUCACUCAUUCUCUGAAGAAAAGGGGGAAAAGGAAAAUCGAUUACAGGGUUCCUUCUGUUUCCAUAGAGGAUGUACGGGAUGCAAGAGAGGAGAGUACUGUCAUUGAAUUGCGUCAAAAACUCAUUGAAAGGGAUCUUUUGCCCCCUCGGCAUGAUGACUACCAUACUUUGUUGAGAUUUCUGAAAGCUAGGGACUUUAACAUUGAAAAAACAAUCCUCAUGUGGGAAGAAAUGCUUAUGUGGAGGAAAGAAUAUGGAACAGACACCAUAUUGAAGGAUUUUGAGUUUGAAGAGCUGGAUGAAGUCUUGCAAUAUUACCCUCAAGGAUACCAUGGAGUUGAUAGAGAAGGACGGCCGGUUUACAUUGAGUUGCUUGGAAAAGCUCAUCCAAGUAGGCUUAUGCGUAUCACCACCAUUGAUCGGUAUUUGAAGUACCAUGUCCAAGAAUUUGAGAAAGCUUUACUGGAAAAAUUCCCUGCUUGUUCAGUUGCAGCAAAGAGAAGGAUCUGUACAACAACUACAAUAUUGGAUGUACAAGGCUUGGGAAUUAAGAAUUUUACUCGGACUGCAGCAAAUCUCUUGUCUGCCAUGACAAAAAUAGACAACAAUUACUACCCCGAGACAUUACAUCGCAUGUACAUUGUCAACGCUGGUUCUGGCUUCAAAAAGAUGCUUUGGCCUGCCGCGCAAAAAUUUCUUGAUGCAAAGACUCUUGCUAAGAUACAGGUUCUGGAGCCCAAAUCUCUGGGAAAACUACUUGAGGUCAUUGACUCAAGUCAACUACCAGACUUCUUGGGUGGUUCAUGCACUUGUUCUGCAGAAGGAGGGUGUCUUAGAUCUAAUAAGGGUCCUUGGAAUGAGCCUGACAUAAUGAAAAUUGUACAUAAUGCUGGACCGGGAUUUGUGAGGCAGAUCACCCGAGUUUCUAGUAACCAACAGAAAUUUAAUUCCUAUACGCGUUCACACUCGCUGAAGGGAAGAACUAGUGACACAUCAACGGCAGAAUCAGGGUCAGAUAUUGAUGAUGCUUGUUCUGCAAGUGGGCAAAGGAGUUCUACAAUUUCUCGUUUGGCUCCUGUUCAUGAAGAAGUGAAAGAUCCUAAUGCAUACUACAGUUGUGAUGAUAAUUCCACUCCUGCUGAGAAAGCUGUGAGAACUGACAGACGAGUGGGGCAUUCUCAGGAUCAAUUGAUUAAAUACAAUGAUGCGGGUGAAAUUUGUUGCGAGACAAUAUCAAAUUCAGAAGGUACUCCAAUAAUGCGUUUAUUCAACAAUGUGAAGGAAAAAGUUCAGAGAAGGAAUAUCCAGUGUGUCACAAAAAUGUUACUAUCCUUUAUGGUCAAACUAGUUGCUUUUUGUCAUAGUCUGCAGUUAUUGUGGAAAAGGCAGAACAACGUCCAUCCAUCUAAUAUGGUGGAAAACAACACAGAUAGCCAUCCACCAGCUGUUGAAGCUGUGAGUGAAGAAGACUCUGUCCUUCCAUGUAUAGAGCGUCUUCAGAAACUGGAGAAGGUUUUUGAGGAACUUAGCAACAAGCCUCCUGCAAUCCCUUUGGAGAAGGAGCAAAUGCUUAUGGAGUCUCUGCAAAGGAUCAAAUCUGUUGAAUCUGACCUUGAGAAAACAAAAAGGGUACUACAUGCUACUGUGGUGAAACAACAUGAGAUUGCUGAAUUUCUGGACAAUUUACGGGAAUCUAAAUUUAGGCAAAGAAGACUAUUCUGUUGAAUAUUUGAGAGUUGACUUUGGAACAAAGGUGCACCUGCAGAUUGGACUUAUACAGGAGGUUGAUGCAGAGAAGGAACAGCCUCAGCAGCACAUAUUUGGAAGAGGCCAGGCGAACACUUUUUUGAACCCCAUUGACCUUCAAUCCCUUUAUUUUCCUUAAUGGAUAGUAGUUAACAAAAGUUACAGUAAGCUGUAAAUGGGUUAUAUGCCAUAUUCAGCUUUAAAACGGUGUAGAGAGAAAAAAGAAGAAAAAAGAAAAUAAAAAAAUAUCAAUGCAAUGUUUUACAGUGAGCACAUCAAAUUACUUUUCUAUACAAAUGCAUAUA